AUGGCCCCGCAGAGAGCUGUGCGGCUGUCCCUGGACAAGCCCUCCUACGCUGUGUGUGUGGUAGGAGAGGAGACACGCGUGGAUGUUCACAGGGAUGUACCUGAGGGUGCCAAGACCUUUGGGAUCUCGGGGAGCUCAGGAGUGCAGGUCUUCGUGGUCUGUGACCCCAAGCGUGUGCCAGAGCCUGCAGGCAAGACCCACUGGCCGCUGGACAGCAACAUGGAUGUGAUCUUAUCCGUGGGCACAGCCAGCAAAGAUUUAAAUGACCUGCAGGUGAAAGUCUCUUACUUCGGGCAGCAGGAGGCAGGUGCCCUGGCCCAUGGGGUACUCUACCUUACUGGCGUGGAUGUCUCCCUUGAUGUGGACUCGGGCCGGACUGGCAGGAUAAGGAGGAACCGCAGGGACAAGAGAAACUGGCGCUGGGGCCCUGAGGGCCAUGGGGCUAUCCUGCUGGUAAACUGCGACCGGGACACUAGCAGGUCCAAGGAGCCCGAUCUCAAUGACAGCCAGCUGACGUCAAUGGCUGACCUCAAGGACAUGUCCCCGAUGGUGCUGAGCUGCGGUGGCCCCGAUAACAUCUUCGACAGCCACAAGCUGAUCUUGAACGUGUCCUUGCCUGAUGCCAAACGGCUCCGGGUCUUCUGUGCUCGGGGUGGGACGGCCCUCUCGGACUACAAGCAGGUGCUGGGGCCCUGGCACCUGUCCUAUGAAGUGGAGCGGCAGCCUGGGGAGCAGGAAGUCCGGUUCCAUGUGGAAGGGCUUGCCUUCCCUGAUGCCGAUUUCCCUGGCAUGGUCUCCCUUAGCGUCAGCCUGCUGGAUGCAAGGACCCUGCCCGAGGUGCCCCUCUUCACAGAGAGCGUGACCUUCCGCAUGGCCCCUUGGAUCAUGACCCCCAACACCCAGCCCCCCCUGGAGCUGUAUGUGUGCAGUGUAAUGGACUCGCACGGCUCCAAUGAGAAGUUCCUGGAUGACAUGGCCUCGCUGGCACGCCAAGCCGACUGCAAGCUGGUCAUCUGCCCUCGCGCAGAAAACCGCAACGAUCGCUGGAUCCAGGACGAGAUGGAGUUUGGCUACACUGAGGCCCCCCACAAAUCCUUCCCUGUGGUCUUCGACUCGCCCCGCGACAGAGGCCUGCGGGACUUUCCCUACAAGAGGAUCCUGGGUCCUGAUUUUGGCUACGUGACCCGGGAGAUCCUGCUUUCUGGCGCUUCCAGCCUCGACUCCUUUGGCAACCUGGACGUGAGCCCUCCUGUCACCGUGGGCAGUGUGGACUACCCCCUGGGCCGGAUCCUCAUCGGUGGCAGCUUUCCCAAGUCCGGAGGGCGGCGGAUGGCCAAGGUGGUGCGGGACUUCCUGAAAGCCCAGCAGGUGCAGCCGCCCGUGGAGCUCUACUCAAGCUGGCUGUCUGUGGGCCACGUGGACGAAUUCCUGACCUUUGUGCCCACCUCCGACCCAAAGGGCUUCCGGCUGCUCCUGGCCAGCCCCAGUGCGUGCCUCCAGCUAUUCCGUGAGAAGAGAGAGGAGGGCCAUGGGAAGGCACUCCAGUUUGAGGGAUUAAAGCACAAAGCAAAGAGAAGCAUUAAUGAGAUGCUGGAGGACAGACGUCUCCAGAGCGACAAUCUCCAUGCACAGAAAUGCAUCGACUGGAACCGCGAGGUGCUGAAGCGGGAGCUGGGCCUGGCCGAGGCGGACAUUGUGGAUGUACCCCAGCUCUUCACCCUGAAGGGCUCCUACGCAGAAGCCUUCUUCCCUGACAUGGUCAACAUGGUGGUGCUGGGCAAGCACCUGGGCAUCCCCAAGCCCUACGGGCCCAUCAUCAACGGCCGCUGCUGCCUGGAGGAGAAGGUGCGGGCGCUGCUGGAGCCGCUGGGCCUGCACUGUGUCUUCAUCGACGACUUCCUCUCCUACCACGAGCUCCUCGGGGAGAUCCACUGUGGCACCAACGUGCGUCGGAAGCCCUUCGCCUUCAAGUGGUGGCACAUGAAGCCCUGA